GAAGCUUCUAAUCGAAUUCCAUGCACUGUGACGCUAUAUAUUCAAUGCAAAUCACACAUUGUGAUACUGUAGUAUAGAUUAGUGUAGUGAAUAAUGGUCAUGCUGUGGGAACAGGGCGGAUCUUAGGACCCAUGGUUGCAUUUCUUGUCGAAUAAUAAAAGUUAGGCUUAGCCCUGUGCUUUCGUCGUGCAACAAACCCUAAAGAGAGUGUGUGUGAGCAGCCCCUCUGCUGCUCUGUGCACAUUGCAAUGGUGCAACAACAGCCAGCUGCGGGUUGUGCAUGCGAUCAGCCGCUGGGUGUCUUGUCUCUGUGGCUUCACUGUAGACAACAGAGGGUAGUGUAGGCUGGUCUGUCCGUGUUUUCCGGAAGAGAGGGUGUGAAACAUGGGACACAUCUCAGGUCAGCAGCUGAUCCUGCCACACAUCUAGAGCAGAAGCCUGUGUGGCAGUCUCUCUGUUAGUCCGUGUUAAUCUGUGUUAAUAAUCGGCUGUGAGUAGAGUGAAUCAAACAGGCACCGUGCGUCCAAAACGGGACACCCCUCUGGAUCUCUUUGAAUGUAACGCUCAAAGACGCCCGAGCACUCAUUUGGCUCUGGUGAGACCUUGGACAUUGUGACCACAGGCUGGCCCAGAUCACGUUGAUGCUGGUGGGCACUCCCCAGUACUCUCCCUGCCACCUGCUCCUGCGCCGCUCCCACCUCCCCACCCACCAUGGCUAUGUGCAGUGACCCUAGCUGUGAGAGGCCAGAGCCCGACUCUGAUAAACAUACCAACAGUCUCACAGACACCAUGGCUGCCAUGACAACAAAAGACUCAGAUGGCUCAGCUGCCAACGGUGUAAGGAAUGGCGGGGCUCAGAAGGACGAGGGUCAGGCCAAGAGGACUCAACCUCUGCGGCCUCACCUGACUGGGAGGAAGUUGUCGCUGCAGGAGAGAGGCACUUAUCUGUCGUCAGGCUCUGGAAGAGGUUACUCGCACAUCUCCCCUCGUGUGGCUCGCAGGCCGACCGUGGAGUCUAAACGUGUGUCCAUAUCAGACUCUCAGGACUGUAUCCAGUUGAACCAGUAUAAGCUGAAAAGUGAAAUCGGAAAGGGCUCUUAUGGUGUGGUCAAACUUGCCUACAAUGAGGAUGAUGACAAACAUUAUGCCAUGAAGGUCGUGUCCAAAAAGAAGUUAAUGAAGCAGUGUGGUUUUCCACGUCGCCCACCCCCAAGAGGACCCAAGGCAGUCCAAGGAGAUCAGCCCAAAAUCUUAGGACCCCUGGAGAGGGUCUACCAAGAGAUUGCCAUCCUUAAAAAACUGGACCAUGUUAACAUUGUCAAGCUGGUGGAGGUGCUGGAUGAUCCUGCAGAGGACAACCUUCACAUGGUGUUUGAGCUCAUGCGUAAGGGUCCAGUGAUGGAGGUGCCCACAGACAGUCCUUUGUCAGAAGAGCAGGCGAGGUUAUACUUCAGAGACGUCAUCCUGGGCAUAGAGUACCUGCACUACCAGAAAAUUGUCCACCGGGACAUCAAGCCUUCUAACCUGCUGCUGGGGGACGAUGGCCAUGUGAAGAUAGCAGAUUUUGGGGUCAGCAACCAGUUUGAGGGAAAUGAUGCUUUGCUGUCUAGUACUGCUGGCACGCCUGCAUUUAUGGCACCAGAAACCCUUUCAGACACACGAAAGAGCUUCAGUGGAAAAGCACUGGAUGUGUGGGCCAUGGGAGUUACUCUCUACUGUUUCAUCUUUGGGAAGUGCCCCUUUAUUGAUGAGUACAUAUUGGCUUUGCACAAUAAGAUAAGGACCAAGCCUGUGGAGUUCCCAGAAACACCAGUGAUCAGCGAAGAGUUGCGGACUCUGAUCUUGCGGAUGCUGGACAAGAACCCUGACACCAGGAUCACCAUUCCUGAGAUCAAGAUGGACCAGUGGGUGACCCAGGGAGCCGCUGACCCAUUGCCACUGGAAGAGGAGCACUGUUCUGUGGUGGAGGUGACAGAGGAGGACAUCCAAAACUCAGUCAAGUUUGUUCCCAGCCUCUCUGCAGUGAUCCUGGUAAGAGCCAUGCUGAGGAAGCGCUCCUUCAGUAACCCCUUUGAGUGUCCGAGCCGCAGAGAGGAGAGGUCCAUGUCUGCACCCGGCAGCCUGCUCAUGGACUCGUGGCCCUUCCGGCCUUCUUUAAAACUUCACCCCUCACUCAGAAAGAGCAGCACAGGAGAUGGACCCAGAGAAGGAGAGCUGGAGGACCUUCAUGAAGACGAGCCCUCCUCUUGAGUCUUAUCGAUGUUCCAGUCAGGUGACAUUUCUUUCUUCAACUCCGCCCCCUUCACGUCACUUUGCUUGAACCACUGAGCGCUCACCGGUUCAUCUGCACUUUGCCUGUUAAUCAGUAACACACUGCAAGUUUAUCUAUACACUGAAGAAACUCAAGGUUUUAAAUCUGAUAUGUUGCUAGAGUCAACAUUCAGACUUUUAUGCUCAGGCUUUCUUUCAUUUUUGCUUCCUGUUAGCCUCGGAGUAUGCUUUCUUAUUCCAAUUUCCCACGCUUCUCCAAUGUGGACUCUCUGUUCACCAAGUAUGAACUCGAAUGUUCUUUGUCUAAACUGCUUAAAACCACUUACAGUUGUGUCUGGCUUCAGUGAACCGAUAAGAAGGGGAGCUCUGCUGAAUUUCUGGAUCAUUAACAGUUGAAAAUUGUUGUGGGAGGAAAAACAAGACAUGUUUGUCAGCUGGCAUCACGCUGCAAUGUGGGAAAAAAACUCAGACUUUUUUUUAGCUAUCUGCAUGAUAAAUAUUAACCCUCAACAUCGUAUAACAAAAUCCCUCUUCAAUAAUCGUCCCAAACUUCAGCAUGUAAAUUACACCAUAUUGUCUCCCCAGUGAACUAUAGGGCUUUUUAUCUACGAUCAAUGACCAGUGGUUUUAAUAUUGUACAUAGAUGUCUUGAGGUGUCCUCAGUGUUAGCGGCUCACAGCCCUUUUCCUGUUUAUGUGCCAUCAGUAGUUUUUAUUUUGGAGCUUUGUGUUAAAGUUGAAGUUCUUCUAUGCUGCUUUCACAGUCCUCAGGCCUAACUGGUUAAACUUUUCUGACGUGAAGGAAAGGAAGUCAGCUGUCUGAGGGUGAUCGCACAGAAAGGACAGCGACUUCGCUGUGCUUGAACACAAAGUGACUUUUGCUGCAGUGUGAUGUGUAAUUAUUUUUGUGUUAGAAGUCAUUUCACGCUUCUUUGCCUACUCUGUGUUGUUCGUCUGAGGAUUUCUGCUUUUGUAACAUUAUCUCUUCAUGAUUUAAUAUGAAGGAAUUGUGACAGAAAUUUGAACAUUUCAGUGUUUGUUAGUGAGUGUGAACAGACAAGGAAGGACAGAAACUAUGCUCUAAAUUAGAAUUUGAUGUUACACAACAUUCUUGGAUGCAGAGCUGAUUUAAAGGCAUGAAUAAUCUCAUUGUCCAACUUAAACUUCAAUAAGUUAUCUUGCAGAAGAAACUAAAUCUAAGUUAUCCAGGUUAAGGGACUGUGCAUAAAUUAUUAAGUGGGGAUGAGAGGUUAGAAACAGGGAAGGUUAUAAUUGUCUCCUUUUUUCUAAGGGGAGGGUAGUAUUGUGUUUUUGGAAGUGAUGAGAAGGGUUUUUUUUUUAAUUUGAACAUUGUUAAUUAUUGUUUUCUUCCAGGUAAGUAAUUUUCUUCUUCCCUUUCUUUACUAUUGUAAGUAAAAAAGAAAAGGCCAUAGGUCAUCCUAUAUUCUUAUUCAGUUUCAGCCAUUUACUGUAUUCACAAUGGUGGCUAUAUGUAGAUUCAUGUCCAAAUGUAAUAUUAGUAUUGCUGGGAAGAGCCAUGAAGUUUAAAAAAAUGAAAUAUAACAUUCAUCCUUCCUAUCCCGAUAAUUUUCGUACAGUCCCUAACCGCAGUAAUUUGCCUGGCUGACCUUUCUGAAGUUCCAGCUAGCUAUAGAUGUUUGUAGAGCUGGAUAAGCCAGGUAUUUAUCCUGCUAAUCCUGUGAGAUCACCAGUGUUAAGAUUAUGGAUGAAUGGCAAAAGAACAUUUUAUUUUCUUAUGAUAUGAUUCCUCCCAUUUGCCUUUAGAGGUAGUUGGCUAACUUUAAAAAAACAAAUGUGUGGGUUGUUUUGUCUCCGCCGACUCAAAUCGAUGUGAGCAUUUCUGCCUCCACAGCAGCUCCUCGCCUCAGAUAAACAUUUAUGUAACUCCAUUUUGAUUCUUUCUCCUCUUUGGCCGGGUGCAACGCUCUGUGAAAGAAAGCCUGUUUGGCUGGCAGAGUGUUCAGAUCUCGUGAACCGCAGUGAAGGAGAGCAUUUCAGUGUCAUGAUUAGACCCAGGAUGUCAACAGUAACACUUCCCCAUCCACUUCAGUGCGGUGCCCAGUGUGGCUGAUUAGAAACUUGGAGUGUGGCACUUUGGGUUUCCUCGAUUAAUGCUGCCCUCAGUAUCCUCCAGUGAAGGAUGCUAAGUUCAGAGGGGGUUCACUGAGGGGGACUGAUAGACUCUGAAUGGCAAAGCCUUCCACAUACUCUUGUUGAGCUUCUGUGUUUAGGGAUUUAUGUUCACCGAGGCGAGGAAUUUAUGCAGAAAAAUCAUGAAUGCUGUUGACAGUAAAUUGUCAACUUUAUUACCAUGUGAGUGCUGGAUAAUGUAAAGCUUUACGGUUUAUCUUUUUAUUUUAUUGUUCAGUAAAAUAUGGCCUGUUUGUAGAGGAUAAGUGGAUAUUAAUGUAUAAUUGUCUGAAAUGUUGUAUAUGCAGUUUAAAAUUAGGGUUUGUGGUCAUUCAGUGAAUGACUUCUUUAUUUUCCUCCUUCUCUCUAAUGAGGAUGAAAGAAGGGAUUGAGAUUAGUUGGCAGGUUAACCUUCAACGAAGGGCUGUUUGAACCAAAAAUGGUGUGUUUUUACUUUAUUUGAUAAACUGUUUAAGGCUCUGUAUAUUCUUAUGAGAAUGAUUUUUUUAAUGUAGGUAUUGACAGCUUUCCAUUUGUGUGAGUGUGAGGACAUUUAUCAGAGUCAGAGGUGCAAUAUUGCUGUUGUCUUUAUCAUUGGUGCAUUACUGGCUCAUUCCCCUGCCGUCAGAGCAGGCCACUCAUCCCUUUAUCUGUAUUUUAGUUGUCCUUGUCGAAGAAACUAAAACACUGCUUAGGUUUAAAUAUUUGCACUUUUCCACAUACAGAUACAUUUUAAAGUUAUAGUGAUCAAGGACAAAACUACGUGGCUCACCUGUAAAAAACCAUUUUUACUGUGUAUUGGUGUGUUCUCACUGCUGUGCUUUUUGCUCUUGGAUAUUGAUCUGCAUGUCACAGCAUUGCUACUUAGGUUUUUUACAAAUGAAACUAUUAAUAACUACUACUUUAACAUUUUCCUCGUACUUAUUCCAAUGUAUGUGUCAAAAUGCUGUAACAGCUGCUGUAAGAACAUUGGUCUCUUUUUGUUCUUUUUGUUGUGCACAUCCAUGUAAUAGCAGAAUUGUGAAUGUUUUAUAGCUGGGGCAAAGGACUUGUGGUUUUUACUGCAGAAAUGAUGCACAAUGCUACAACACUGUACACCCCAUUACAUGUGCAGGGCUCAGAGCACAGGAACAGCGUGAAAUAGCACCUUUGUGUUCAAGAUUUUCUGUAGAGACACAGUGAUGGAUGAUCACUGGCUGGACUUCAACGUCUGUCUACCUUUUCUAUGGUUAUUUUUCUCUUGUUCUGUUUUCUGUUGCAUUAGAAUAUCAAUAUAACAGAUUUCAGUUAUGUUUUAUAGAAAAUUAGACAAUGGAUUGAGAAAGAGUUGCUUUUUGUGCACAGUCCAUUACCAUUAAUAUAAAGUCCUUUACUCUAAGUUUUCAUGUUGUAAUUCUUUAAUUCCUCCUCUAGUUAUUUUUUAUGCCAAUAGAUUUUGCUGUUUUUGCCUAAUAUAAUUAAAUGGCCAUAACUUAAUGGUCACCUGUAUGACCCCUUUACAACACUGCACAAUUCAUCCCUGUGGAAAGCCCUAAUACUUAAGACUAUCUGAAAAUCAGCACAACAGUCUAUUACUCUUUUGGUGCACAUCUGGAUGCAGAUAGAUGCUUCAUACUAUUUUUAAGUAAUAUGUUGAGAUGUUUUUCGGACUGGCAACCUUGGCAGAAGUUUGUUCACCUAGAGGGAAAAUCAACAAGUGCAGUUGCCACGAACGCAACAGAGGAAGUGAGUGACAGUCAUGAAUUUCUCAUGAUUUCAGGUCACAAUCGCAUCCCAAGGAGGAGGACUGUAGAAGAGUUUGUACAUAAUAGUAAGUCAGGGAUGAUUUGAUCGCUGCUGUGUAUCUUACGUGACUGUCCUGAUGUGUGUGUCGAAGGUGCCUGCUGUCUCCGUAUUUCUGGACGUCUGUCUCGUGUUACCAUGUGCAUUUCUCUGAAUGUUUUUCUCGCUCACCUGAGUCAAGUCUCUCAUACUAAAACAGAAGCAUGGCACAAUGUUAUUGCGGCUGUUACAAUGUAAAUAUGUACCAAUAUAUAUAUAUAUAAAGAAGCUAUUUUUUGCAUGCUUUUUGUACACCUGGACAUAAUCAAAGACAAUAAAAAAGAAAAUUUGAACCCUU